GCUCCUUGAGAGGCGGGAACGUGUACGCAUGCUCAGUGUGCAGCCUCGGCUCUUCAUUGGGUGGAGUUUCCCCGGGAGGUGGACAAGAAGUUGAGUUUGGCUCAUGGUCGUCCGGCCCCUUCUCCGCCUUCACCACUACUCCUGAACUAGAGAGAAGGCGACUUAUGUGAGCAUCUCCCUAUAGGAUCCGUACACAUACAGAAGACGAUGUCUGGAAGCUUCUACUUUGUCAUUGUUGGCCACCUUGAUAAUCCAGUUUUUGAAAUGGAAUUUUUGCCAGCUGGGAAAGCAGAGUCCAAAGAUGAACAUCGCCAUCUGAACCAGUUCAUAGCACACGCCGCUCUGGACCUGGUUGACGAGAACAUGUGGCUGUCCAACAGCAUGUACCUGAAAACGGUGGACAAAUUCAACGAGUGGUUCGUCUCAGCUUUCGUCACUGCUGGGCACAUGAGGUUCCUCAUGCUCCAUGACAUAAGGCAGGAGGACGCAAUCAAGAACUUCUUCACAGAUGUGUAUGAACUAUAUAUCAAGUUUGCCAUGAACCCCUUCUAUGAGCCCAAUUCUCCUAUUCGUUCGAGUGCAUUCGAAAGAAAAGUACAGUUUCUCGGGAAGAAACAUCUUUUAAAUUAAAUGCAGAUGACUUCAGGGUCACAGUGG